AUGGUUUCUGAGACUAGUAUAGGAUUAGAACUGCUGGUUGUAGCCUUGUUGUUACUGGUUGCCUGGGCAAUUUUGACUUGGCGAAAAUGCAAUGCAUCGGAAAAGUUGGAAAGAUUGCCACCGGGGCCGAGGCGGUGGCCGGUGGUGGGCAAUAUGUUUCAAUUGGGAUGGUCAGCCCAUGAGUCAUUUGCUAUAUUGGCUAGUAAACAAGGCCCUAUAAUGACUCUUUGGCUAGGAUCAAUGUGCACUGUGGUGAUAUCAUCGAAUGAAGUGGCCCGUGAGAUGUUCAAGAACCAUGAUGUGGUUUUUGCUGGAAGGAAAAUAUACGAGGCAAUGAAAGGAGAUAUUGGCAAUGAGGGCUCUCUUAUAACUGCACAAUAUGGUCCCCAUUGGCGGAUGCUCAGGCGCUUGUGCACCGCCGAGUUCUUUGUAACGAGCAGGCUUGAUGCAACAGUUGAUGUCCGUGCUAAAUGCAUUGAUCAGAUGGUGAAAUAUAUAGAAGCUGCUGGAGGUUCUGGUGCCAAUGGGAUAGAUGUUGGAAAGUUUUUCUUCUUGCUGGCAUUCAAUCUUAUUGGAAAUCUCAUGUUUUCCAAGGAUCUUUUGGAUCCAAGCUCUGAGAGGGGUGCAAAGUUCUUUUACCAUGCAGGCAAAGUGAUGGAAUAUGCUGGAAAGCCCAACAUUGCAGAUUUCUUGCCAUUGCUUAAAUGGCUUGACCCUCAGGGUAUUAGGAGAUCAACACAGUAUCAUGUCAAACGAGCCUUUGACAUCGCUGGAUUAUAUUUAAAAGAGAGAAUCAUCGAAAGUAAUAGAGAUGAAACGGAUCACCCAAGUCCUGAAAAGAGGAGAAGAGAUUACUUGGAUGUUCUGUUGCAUUACCGAGGCGAAAGCGCUGAAGAACCUCCUGAGUUCUCUCCAACAACAAUCAACAUUAUAGUCUUUGAAAUGUUCACAGCAGGGACAGACACGACAACUAGUACAUUAGAAUGGGCAACGGCAGAGCUUCUACGUAGUCCAAAAACUCUUGAAAAAGUCCAAGCUGAGUUGAGAAGCGUGAUUAGUCUAGGGACUAAGAUAGAAGAAAAACACUUGGAUAAUCUUCCAUACCUUAAGGCAGUAGUGAAGGAGACGCUCCGGCUACAUCCACCGCUCCCUUUCUUGGUACCUCACAUGGCUAUGGACUCGUGCAAAAUGCUAGGCUACCACAUCCCAAAAGAAACACAAAUUCUAGUAAAUGUUUGGGCAAUUGGAAGGGAUCCAAAGACUUGGGAAAACCCUUUAGAGUUCAAGCCUGAAAGAUUUUUGGAGCCAAGUACUGCAGAUUUUAAGGGACACCAUUUUGAGUUUAUACCUUUUGGAUCUGGCCGGCGAAUAUGCCCGGCCGUUCCUUUUGCUUCUCGAGUGCUACCAAUGGCUCUAGGAUCAAUCUUGCACUUGUUUGAUUGGAGCUUAGCUGAUGGGAUUAAACCAGAAGAGUUGGACAUGGGAGAAAGGAUGGGGAUAACACUCAGGAAAGCAGUACCUUUAAAGGCCAUACCAGUACCACUCCAAGGUUGA